AUGAAUUGUCCUAAAAAAUUAUCAAUGGCCAAAUCUCUCCCACUUUACGAAAAACUAAUUAUCAAAAGACCAACCCAAAGAGCAUUAGACAUAGCCAUCUUCAUCCUCUUGAUUUCUCUUGUUGCUUAUCGUGUAUUGUUGAUGUACAACCAUGGCUUCUCCCAUCUCCAAACAAUUGCGUUUCUUUGCGAAUUUUGGUUCUCUUUCGUUUGGUUUCUUGCCAUCGUCACCAGAUGGAACCCUGUCGACUUCAAAACUUACCCUCAACGCCUGCUUAAACGGGAGGUGGAAUAUCCGGCGGUGGAUAUAUUUGUGACGACCGCGGAUCCGAUGUUGGAACCACCAAUAAUAACUGUGAACACAGUGUUGUCUUUGAUGGCGUUGGAUUAUCCGUCAAAUAAACUUAGUUGUUAUGUCUCUGACGACGGCUGCUCCCCUCUAACCUUUUAUGCACUGAAUGAAGCAUUGAAUUUUGCAAAGAUUUGGAUUCCAUUUUGCAAAAAAUAUGAUGUCCAAGUCCGAGCUCCUUUUAUGUACUUCUCAACACCACCUCAUCAUCUUCAUUCCUCUACUCAGUUCCAAUAUGAUUGGAAAACCCUAAAGGUGGAGUAUGAGAAGCUUGAAAGGAAAAUAAAGGAAGCAGAAGAAAACAGAAUUGGUUGGCAUGAAGAAAGUGGAAUUGAUUUGGCUGCUUUCUCCAACAUCAGCACCAAACACCAUCCCUCCAUAAUUAAGAUAUUGUGGGAGAACAAAGAAGUAUCAGAUGAAUUGCCUCAUUUAAUAUAUGUAUCAAGGGAAAAGAGUUUCAAACAUCACCACCAUUAUAAAGCUGGUGCCAUGAAUGUUUUGACAAGAGUGUCUGGGGUAUUGACAAAUGCUCCAUACAUAUUAAAUGUGGAUUGUGACAUGUUUGUCAAUAAUCCCCAAGUUGUGUUACAUGCAAUGUGUGUAUUUCUCAACUCGAAAGAUGAUUUGGAAGAUAUUGGAUAUGUUCAAACUCCCCAAUGCUUUUAUGAUGGCCUUAAGGAUGACCCCUUUGGAAAUCAACUAGUGGUUGUAUUUGAGUACUCCGCACGUGGGAUCAUGGGACUUCAAGGACCUUUCUAUAGUGGAACUGGAUGUUUCCAUAGACGAAAAGUCUUAUAUGCCCAAUUUCCUCACCACACUAUAUAUUUUCUGGAUGGAAAGGCCUCUGAACAAGAAUUAAUAAAAACAUUUGGAUAUUCCAAAACUUUUGCAAAGUCAGCAACUUAUGCUUUUAAAGAUCAAAACACAAACACAAGUGGCUAUCCUCCAAAAGGCCUUCUCAACAACAAUCUUGAAGCUGCUAACCAAGUGGCUGGAUGUGGCUAUGAGAUCAGCACUUCUUGGGGUUCCGAGAUAGGGUGGAUGUAUGGAUCUACAAGCGAAGAUGUUUUAACAGGCUUAGUGAUUCAAACGAGAGGGUGGAGAUCCAUUUUCCUUGCAUUAAACCCUCCAGCAUUCUUAGGGUGUGCACCUUCACAACUUGUUGCUUCACUAACUCAACAAAAACGAUGGGCCUCUGGCUUCCUCCAAGUUUUAUUAAACAGACGACACUGCCCUAUUUUUGGUACACUGUUUGGGAAGCUACAAUGGAAGCAAUGUGCAGCCUACUUAUGGAUCCUCACUUGGGGCCUUCGUUCCAUUCCUGAGCUUUCUUAUACUUUACUUCCACCCUAUUGCCUCAUCACCAACUCCUCUAUCUUUCCAACUGUGAAAGAGAGAGCAAUCUUCAUCCCUAUUUUCCUGUUCAUCAUUUACAACUUUCAACAAUUGUUACAAUACAAAGAAACAGGUCAAUCAAUAAGAGCUUGGUGGAAUAACCAAAAAAUGGGAAGGGUAAACACAAUGUGUGCAUGGUUGUUUGGAGUAUGGGAUGUGGUUCUAAAGUUUUUAGGUGAAAGAGAAACUGCGUUCGAAGUAACAAAGAAAGAGACGUGUUCUGAGAUAAAUUUAAGGCAUUUCACCUUUGAUGAGUCUCCUAUGUUUGUGCUAGGGACGACCAUUUUGUUGCUCCAACUUAUUGCUUUAUUCAUAAGGCUAGAGAGACCAGGAAGUGCAGUGCUCGAGGUGGUUUGUAGCAUAUGGUUACUUUUAUGCUUUUGGCCAUUUUUAAAGGGAAUCUUUAUGUUUGGUAGAGGCAGAUAUGGACUUUCUUUUUCCACCAUAUACAAAUCAGUCGCGAUAGCACUACUGUUUGUGCUUUUAUGUCAAACAACAACCAUGAAUUAACUUAGACAAAUUCAUGAUUGUCUUUUUUUUUUUAAUUAUUAUUAAUAAGCUCUAAUAUAAGGUAUGCUCUCAAGUUUGUCUUCAAGUCUAUUAGUGCAGUGAAUUAACCCAUAAAUGAAUAUUCUUUCAAGUUUGCAAA